AUGCAUCACCACGUUUCUUCCUACUACUCGCGCCGCGAUGGCGAUCCAGCCGUCAAAGGCGCCAUCACUCCUACCCAACAGAAGACCCUCCUCAUCGUCCUCGUCGUCCUCACCGUCUUCAUAAUCCUCGCCAUCGGCGUUCCAAUUCUCUACUUCAAACUCCUGCACCGCAGCCGCACCCAAGCCGCAGACGUCGAAAAAGCCUGCAACGCCUGCACCAACACCGAUAACUCGUCAGUAGAUCCCAAUCUCCCUUUCCUCCAACGCCACCUCGCCGUCCUCCGCGCCUGGAAGAAACCCACCCCAAUCACGAAUGGAUCCGCUCCAAAAAUGCCCCUGGGGAUUUCUGAGCUCUGGCCUACCGUUCCCAAGCCCGUAGCUGCUAAUAAGCGGUACAGCGGCCGCCCAAUGGAUUUCUACACCCAGCAUCGCCGCUUCCAUCGGGUAUCGGGUGGUCGGCCUGUAGGCGGCGUAGGUGCUCCGAAUGGGAAUGGGGGUAGGAGGGGGAAUGCGAGUGAGCCGCAGCGCCCGCCGCCUGUGCCGCCCAAGGAUGGGCCGAGGAGGUAUAACCCUUAUUAUGGCGGGUUGGCGAUGUCUCCCGAGUAUACGAGUCCGGCAAAUCCCUUCCAUGGGAAACAGGGUCGGUAUCGUUGA